AUGCAAAAUGUUGAACUAAUGGACCCUGUCAAUCGCUUGAAAGAUAUGAAUUUAUCACCGCCAGCCCAAGGUUUUCCUAUCAUCCAGACCAGCUUCGAUGUACGACCAGACUGCGGCGAGGAUAGCUACAGAGGAAUGGGCUGCCUUCAAGGUUUCAAAGCUUUAAUAACAGGUGGAGACUUGGGAGUUGGAAGAUCAGUCGUCGUCGCAUUUCUCCGCGAGGGAGCUAAUGUAGCUAUCAACUAUCUCCCAAAAGAAGAACCUGACGUGGACGACCUUGCUGAUUUCAUGAGCGACGAAGGAUUAUCAUUCAAGCGCAUUCCCGAAGACUUACUAAACGAGACUUUCUGUACGGAGUUGGUACACGAGGCGGCGAAUCGCCUUGGAGGGAUUGAUAUUAUGGCUCAAAAUGCGGCAUACUCUGAGAUCCUCUUAGGCUUGAAAUUGCAACCUAUAACGAAUCAGUCCACCGAACAACUCGAGCAGAUCUACCGCACUAACGUCUUCGCGACAUUUUUCCUAACCCGCGCGGCCGUGCCUCUGCUACCCCGAGGUGGUAGCACAGUCUUCACCACUUCUGAGAUCGUCAACUCACCAGACAGCAACGCGGUGGACUAUGGCUCAAGCAAGGCUGCUAUUAGUUAUAUGAUCUGUAGCCUCUCACCGGGUGAGUUGGUCCCGAUAUACGUCAAUCUGGCCGACCCUUUGGAGACAUAUACGGGCGGAAAUAUCCGGUCGACUAGUGGUGGUGCUCCUGGAUCUGUCUAA